AGUCUUGGGGAAUUCUAAAAGAGCUGCUGGGCUCCAUGUAGGGCGUGCUAUGACAGCGUCUUUACUCCUCCAUUCCCGCUGGAUUGACCCGGUGAUGUUUCUCUAUGACAACGGUUUGGAUGAUAUGAGCAAAAACAUGGAAGGAUUUGUGGGAGGCAAUUUUGCUGCGAACCAGUGUAGGAAUCUCAUUGCCCAUCCGUCUACUUUGGCUCCGAGUACAACCUACACAUCGAGUGAGGUGCCAGUGUCGGGCAUGGGAGAGCCUGUCAAACAAUGCAGCCCGUGUUCGGCCGUGCAAAAUACCCCAAGUGCUUCUUUGCCCUAUGGAUAUUUUGGCGGCAGCUAUUACCCGUGUAGGAUGCCCAAGUCCUGCACGCAACCCACCACAUAUGGAGAAAAAUACAUGGACACUUCUGUUUCUGGAGAGGAGUUUCCUUCUCGAGCAAAGGAAUUUGCUUUCUACCAGGGCUACUCGUCUGGCCCUUACCAGCCUGUACCAAGUUACCUUGACGUGCCAGUUGUACCUGCGCUGAGCGCUCCUUCGGAACCGAGACAUGAAUCUCUACUGCCUGUGGAAACGUACCAGCCGUGGGCAAUCACUAACGGGUGGAGCAGUCCAGUGUACUGCCCGAAAGAUCAAACACAGUCAAGUACCUUGUGGAAAUCGUCUAUCCAAGAUACCGUGUCAGGUACCGAUGGAGCCUCAGUACGUCGAGGGAGAAAGAAGCGGGUUCCCUACACCAAGGUUCAAUUGAAGGAACUAGAACGAGAAUAUGCCACAAAUAAGUUCAUCACAAAGGACAAACGAAGAAGGAUAUCUGCUCACACAAACCUGACCGAGCGACAAGUGACCAUCUGGUUUCAGAACAGGCGGGUAAAAGAAAAGAAAGUGGUCAACAAGUACAAGGGCAUCAGUUAAGUCCUGGAGAUUAUUAAAACUGAAAUACAAAAAGUGGUGUAAAUGGAAGGACAAUCACCAUUAUUUAUUUUGAAAUCCAUUCCACCAUCUGUUCCACGUCACGAGACUAUGCGGAGAUGCGCAGGAGGGAAAAUGUAAAUUUCAAUUUCCUGUGUACAUAUUGCCAAGACACUGACAUUGAUCAAACGCAAAGAUAGUGCUCAAGAACAGUGUAUCCUUAUUCACCACUUGAUUUUUCUUUCCUUUUUAAUAUAUAACUUUCUUUCAAAGACGUGGAAAGAAUGUAAAUUCAUUAAUGCCCUUUCAACACAGUGAAAGAAAAUCAGUGAAGUAAACGAAGACAAAUCCUUGCAAUUCGUGUUUUUAUUUUAAUUUACUUUUAAAACAUCACCUUUCCAUAAAAAAACAACUGUACAUUUAUGACUGUGGAUUUGCAUGCUACGUGAACUGUACACUAAAGUUACCCUAAACAAUGACAAAAAAGCUGUUUGCGCUUUAAUUUUCUAUUAAUUUAAUUUUUUUAAUCCCGUGCGUACGUUUGUAAAUACGAAGUUGCUUUCAGGCACCUGCAAAGUAUAAAAAUCAUGUGUUAUUGCAGACAGUAUACAAAUAAAACGCCCCAUG